CCGCUGACACUUGGAGCUGCGCACUGCCGUCGCCGUUACAUGCAACAACCGAACAUCGCACCGGCCGGACUCUAUUUAGUUUCUUCUUGUUGUGUCACGUUAGAUCGCCUACGGACCUUCGCACCUUUACAGCUGUAUAAUCUGUCAAAACUCCCCGUCGUCGGGCUUCUCACGUUCCAUCUCUUGUGUUGUUUGUCUCGUGCAAGAUUCACGUCCCGCACGUCGUCUUUAUCUCUCUCUACUUGCCUUGCUACACCUAUAUCCGUCCUUUACAAUCACCACCUGUCAACAUGCCUGUCCCCGAGUCCGAGUACGUGAGUUCCGUGUGGAAGGACGGGAUCUUCAAUGACAGGGUCGCCUUUGUUACCGGCGGCGCUGGAACCAUUUGCAGCGCCCAAACCCGCGCUCUUGUGCGCCUGGGAGCAAACGCCUGUAUCAUCGGCCGCAAUGUCGAAAAGACAGAGGCCAUGGCCAAGGACCUGGCCACUGCCAGGCCUGGUGCCAAGGUCAUCGGCAUCGGCGGUUGCGAUGUGAGAAAUCCCCAGAGUCUGCAAGAUGCCGCAGACAGGUGUGCCAAUGAACUUGGGGGUAUCGACUUUGUCAUUGCGGGUGCCGCUGGCAACUUCAUAGCCCCCUUGUCCGGCAUGAGUCCCAACGCCUUCAAGGCUGUCAUCGACAUUGACGUCUUGGGCACUUUCAAUACCAUCAAGGCUACCAUCCCAUACCUGGUUGAGUCGGCAAAGAAGAACCCCACCCCGAGCAAGGACGGCCGAACGGGCGGUCGCAUCAUCUUCGUCUCAGCUACUUUUCACUGGACGGGCAUGCCACUGCAGGCUCAUGUGUCAGCGGCCAAGGCAGCUGUCGAUGCCCUCAUGGCCUCGGUAACAUUGGAGUAUGGGCCAUUUGGGGUCACCAGCAACGUCAUCGCUCCGGGCCCGAUCAAGGAUACGGAAGGCAUGCAGCGCUUGGCCAGCAGCCAGCAGGACCAGGCCAAGGCCGACUCUGUGGUGCCACAAGGCCGGUGGGGCGUUGUUCGGGACAUCGCUGACUCCACCGUUUACCUGUUUAGCGACGCCGGCAGCUAUGUCAACGGCCAGGCGAUCCCCGUUGACGGCGGCUCCUGGAGACGGCAGGGCGCACUGUCUGUGGGGACCGACGAAGGCAUGAGAUAUCCGGAUUUCCUCAUGCGGGGAGAGAUUUCGAAGCACGUCAAAAGUGGGCGUAAGAACGAUUCGAAGCUGUAGGCUGGGGACAGCGGAAGCCUAUCGUGGUGCGUCGAAGAGACAGCUCCAAGCAAGUCCGCGGGUGUAGAAUAACGUACAGGGCCUGAAAAUUGUAAAUUGAUAUCGCACUUUAAAGUACGGAUAGCGCGAGUUUAUCGGAGCAAACCCGCCAUUGUCCCCCCGCCCUCUGCUAGUCUUGGGCGGUGCUUUCCUCCUUCGGUUCGACUUGCGGCAACACUCAUUAUACUCCAUGCGUCCUGUUUAUGACUGAGGAACCUUGUCCUGGCUCUCAGAUUCGUAGCACACCGCCAAACAACAUUUGUGUUUGACCACACUUGUUGGGCGCAGAGGUUGCAACAACCCGACUCCAUGCGCCACAUGGGUGAAUUUUUUGAGGAAGCCCUGAUGCAGACAGAGUCCAACUGCGCUUCCAUGGCCAGGCGUGGCACGUGGGAUACCAAAUGGCAAGAUGGUGCAACUCAGGACUAGGGGUGGUGGGUGAGGAGGCCGGGCGCGAACGUAGUGGUGCCGCUCUUGGGGUCGUGUUGGAGCCACGCAUCUCGGCUCGUGUGAAUUUCUACGCCCACGCGGUCCAACGAUUGGAUCUGUCCCGAUGCAUGAUCGGUCCCGUCUCGUUGAGGCAGAGACAGAAGGAGAUGUCGUCUGGCUGGCGGGAGAGCUAAGUGGGCGUCGCGACUGUCCUGGAAACGCGUGCGUGCAUCUCAGGUGAUGUUGGAUGAUGGAGGCUUGCUGAGUUAGCUGGUCGGUUGUCCAUUUCCUGCCUCCCUCUCGAUACCGAUAUCAACGCCAAAAAUAAUAAUUUAAAACUCAAAACAAAUUCACUAUCAAGACCUUAGGAAAUCAUGGAUGCGCCUCUCGGUUCCAUCCGCCUCGAC